AUGAGCUGGACUCAAGCCAUCUCGCUGGCCCGGGCCCUCUCUCGGGGCUGGGGAGGCAUCUGCGGGCCAGCCCUCACGGGAUCCUCUUUCUCUCAGGUCCCCCUGCAGGGCCUCCACUGCAGCGCAGCCAGCCUCCGUUCUGACUCCCCACUGGUCCCACGCCCUCCGGAGCCUUCGCGGGGGGCUCCCGUCAAGGCCGUGAUGCCCCACGAGGAACUGUUUAGCCCCAGCAGCAAGCAGGACAAGGCGAGCUUUGUGCAGGCCAUUCAGAACUUCGGAAAGCACAACGUGCGCAAGCGGGGGCAUGUGGACUUCAUCUACCUGGCCCUGAGCAAGAUGCGUCAGUACGGCGUGGAGCGGGACCUGGCCGUCUACAACAUGCUGCUCGACAUCUUCCCCAAGGACGUCUUUCGGGCGCGCAACAUCUUCCAGCGCAUAUAUUUGCACUACCCGCCGCAGCAGGAGUGCGGCGUCACUGUCCUGGAGCAGAUGGAGAACCAUGGGGUGAUACCCAAUAAAGAGACGGAGUUCCUGCUUCUUCAGAUCUUUGGCCACAGAAGCUUACCGAUGCUCAAGUACACACGCAUGAGGCUGUGGCAGACCCGCUUCAAGAACAUCAACCCCUUCCCUGUGCCCCGGGAGCUGCCCCAGGACCCCGUGGACCUGGCCAGGUUGGGCCUGCGGCACAUAGAGCCCGACCUCAGCGCCCAGGUCUCCGUCUACCAGAUGCCUCUGUCCAAAGACUCCACCGGGGCAGCAGAUCCCACCCAGCCCCACAUUGUAGAAAGUAGAAGAGAUUCCAGAGGAGUGGAACCUCUACUACCCCAUGCAGCUUGACCUGGAGUACGGGAGGGAUGGCUGGGAUGACUACGAGUUUGA